CUUCGCGUUGCCGCAGCGCCGCCACCUCCGCACUAGCAGCACAUCAGUGCCAUCCACUCGUCGACAUGCGAUACUCCGCGCUCUUCGCCGCUCUGGUAGCUGGCACUCAUGCACAGACCACUUCUACUUCGGCAGCCGCAGCCGCUUCCUCAGCCGUUGCCUCACUCAGCUCGCUCGUCAGCUCUGUAGGAGGCGCUACGAACACUCAGACAUCCUUGCUGCCCGUCCCGACGUACGCGUUCGCAAAUAGCACCCAGUCCACCAACGCCACGCUCGCAAAGAGUCUUCCGGCCUUCACGUACAAUCUCACGAGCGAGAGCGCGACACUGAGAGCGGCCAUCUGCACCCAGAUGAUGAACGUCUGCUCCGUUUCAGGCUGCAUCAACUCGAAUGCCACCGUGAGCACUAACUUUUGCAAUAACGUCACCAUGGGCUACGACUGCGAGUGUACUAGCUCUUCCGAGAGCAGAGAGUUCAUGCAAGAGUAUCUCUUGCCGAUCAACCUGGUCGAUUGUCAGUUCCGCUCUCGCGCGUGUCUCGACGCAUGCUUGAAGCCAGGCAUGACGAGCUCGACAAACGAUUGCCAGACAGCCUGCAACAGCAUCUAUGCCGACACAUGUGGUACUUCGAGUCAGCAGAUUCCAGAGUAUCGAGUGAGCAAUCCCAGCGCAACGCCGUCCUACUACCCAGACACAAGCAAGGGCGGCGUUCUGCCCACGACUUCUUCGGACAACACGAGCUCGGCGAGCAAGAUAGCGGUAUCGGUAACACUCAGCUUGGGCUUCCUGGCGGGUCUGUGCAUUGUACUGUAAUUGCACUUAUUCUGCGCACCGACCCUGACCAUGGCGCUAUCGCUUCGCUGGCUAACGCCUACCACGCGGUACAGAUCUCAUUGGCUUCUCCAGCUGAAUGGAGAGUAAGGCAGCAUCAUGAUCGGCAAGACAAUGAUGAUCGCGUUCUGUGUCGCUCUUUCGGCAGCCGAGAUGGAUAUCGUCACGCCGGAAACGGGCGCACUCGUCUCGGCCUGCAAACCAAUCGAUGUCGACGUUGCCGACAUCCCUACAACGGCGGACAAGAUCAGUUGGCAUCUCAUGCGCGACGGUCAGACACAGGCAUCCGGGAAUG